AUGGCGAAGAAAUCAUCUUGUUUUUUUCAGCCACUUAUCCCUGGUUUUCUAUCUAAUUUUUCAAUUCCAAGAUCCUUCCAUAAACAGCUACAAGUACAAGACAAGCAGGACAAGAAUGAGGUGGUAUUAAGAGAUAAACGAGGGAAAACUUGGGAGAUUAAGGUUGAUCAUCAACAAGGUUAUAAAUUCAAAGAUGGUUGGGAAUAUUUUUGUAAAUAUUAUGGUUUACAAGUUGGUGAUUUUUUGGUGUUUAAACACCGAGGUAACUUGGUUUUUGACGUUCUAAUCUUUGAUCCUACUGCUUGCGAACGCAAAUUUCAACGUCUGAAUACAUCUAUCACAAAUAAUGGUAUUCAUGCCCCCGGAAAGAAAGGGUUUAAGAGAGUUGCAGACGUUUACAAGGCUUGUUCAGAAUCAGGGAGCAAUGCUAGCUUCAAGCCCAGGGGCUAUCCUUACUGCCGUAUCGUUGUUAAGUCAUACACCUUUCGCUGGGGUGCAAUGGAUCUGCCGAGUACAUUUUGCAAGGAAAAUGAUGUUAAAGAGAAUUCAAGUGGAGUGCUAAUGAUAGAUGAAAGAGGGGAUACAUGGCAACUUUCAUUAAAGAAGCAUGGUAAGAAGAUAUAUAUUGGACAGUGGCGUCACUUGCACAGACAAAACGGAUAUCAAGUUGGCGAUUCACUUGUGUUCGAACUCAUUUGCUCUGCAAAACUGCCUGUCAUGAAGUUGUAUACUAGUUAGUAAGUUAGCUGUAGUCAUGAAAACGAGGCCA